UCCCCCGUGGUGGGAUGAAUAAAGUAUAUCUAAUCUAAUCUAAUUUGAUUUAACUGGUUAUAUCGUAUUUGUUUGUGACCAUUUUAGGUUAAACUCAGCUGUUCCAUGUUUUUCAGCCUCAGACUUGAAGUUUGGGACAAGACCACUAAUGAUUGGUGAGCGGGUACGAGCGUUUGCGCGUCCUCGCUGGUGUCCUGCUCUCGUAGCCAGUUCACCCAUUCACAUGUAAAUGAACCGUCAUAUAUAUUAGUACAUGCCCCCUUGGAGAACCAAAGGAGCCCAAAGUCUGUCUCUCUCCCUCUCCCUCUCUCUCUCUCUGUGUGUGCAAGCUUUGUUGGCCGCUGGGAUCGCCCGGCCAUCUGUCCCCCCCAUUGACGAGCUGUAACGGCUCUCUGGAUUACAGAGUGCGGUGGGCUUCUGGCAGCGCCUGGGUUAAACUUCAACAACAUGGCCCCCAUCCGUAACAACACAAACGGAAUGGACAGAGGUGAUAACUGCAGCGGGAUCAAGUCUGACAGAAAGAUAAGGAAACCUCUGGUCGAGAAGAAAAGAAGAGCUCGCAUCAAUGAAAGUUUACAAGAACUCCGAGUUCUCAUCGCGGAUGCAGACUUGCAAUCAAAGAUGGAGAAUGCCGAAGUGCUGGAGAUGACAGUGAAACGUGUGGAGAGCAUCCUACAAAACCGGGCUCAAGAAGUGGACGCCGUGAACCGGGAGGCCUGCGAGCGGUUUGCGGCCGGCUACAUCCAGUGUAUGCACGACGUGCACACUUUUGUGUCCAGCUGUCCCGGUAUUGACCCGACAGUAGCCGCGGAGCUGUUGAACCACCUCCUGGAGAGCAUGCCCCUGAACGACGAAGACCGCCUCCGGGUGAUGCUGCCGGACACGGUGGCAGAGUGCCCCGGCAGUAACAGCACUUGGUCCCUGAAUGAGAGCAUGUACACGGCUCUGGUGUCCCCAGCACCCUCCACCACCUCCAGCGAUGACCUCUGCUCUGACCUGGAUGAGACAGACUCAGAGCAAAGUCAUGUUUCUUCUUCAGAGGAGGCUGACAGCCAAGAUAUGUUGAGCCUGCCUUCUUUAACUUACUCCAAGUCAGUGUGGAGGCCAUGGUAGAUUAUUUUCAAAAGAGGAAUAGCAUGUUUUUAAACCACAGUAGAUGAUUUAAUGCAUUGUGUUGUGAUGUUUUGUGGGGUAGGCCUCAGUGCAUGACAGAAACACUGCUGAGAUGAUAUCUUUGAAACUUGUUGAAAGUCAUCGGAGAAGCUCUUUGUGUAAUUAUUGGGGAACUACGAUUAAACUAAAAUGUAUUUAAUAAAUAAAAUAAUGUAAUUAAAUCGCAGAGGUCAGAGACCUGUAGGGUCUUCAUUUGGAAGUGUAUUGGCCCUCAUACGGGCCUGCCUUCAGUGAAGGGGUGAAUGCAUAUGUAAAUAUUUACUUGUUGAAUAUGACUGGGCUGUAUAGAAGAUAGGCAUCCCA